UAACACAUAAAAAAACAAAAUACUGGAUAUUUUCAUUGUUGUUAAUUUUCUUCGGUUUUCUGUUCGAAAUGUUUUGAUUCGAUAUGGAAGCUGAGAGGUCAAAUAUACUAUUUAGGUUUUCUACUGCCAAGUUUACACCUUCACUAUUCCAGUGAAACGUUUUGUCCAGGAAGUUAUCUAAAAUGGUUUGAAUUUGUUGUUGUCAAAUAGAUUUUUGAUAGGUUUCCACACUACUUUCCUUCCAUCUAUAGCAUUUCUUAAUAUUAUUCAGUUCCUUUGGCUUUGAUGCCUCAUGAGUAUUGCUCUGUUCAAGUAGACAGUGAUUUUCAAGUACACUGUGAUUUUCCUGUGAUCUGAUAGGGGUGUCAGUGGGCUGACUGUGAACAAUCUUAGAGACUCUGGAUUGAUGUCAGUGAUAAAGUAGUCUACAGUAAUACUGCCAAGAGAUGAGUUAUAGGUGCACCUACCGUAGGAGUCCCCUCAAAGCCUACCAUUAACUAUGUACAUACCCAGCGUGCUACAGAGCUGCAGGAGUUGUGACCCAUUUUUGUUGGUUAUGUUGUCGUAGUUCUGCCUAUGGGGGCAUAUGGGGGAGGGAAUGCCGUCACCUCCAGGUAGGCGUCUCUCUCUCUUUCGCGCUCUCUCUCUCUCGUUCUCACACUCUCUCACUCUCCCUCUGUACCUCUCAUGCUUUCCCCCUCUCCCCCUUCUCUCUGUGCCUGUAAUCUCCCUCUCUCCCUCCCUCCUGAGAGAUGGAUGCAGUAUGCAGCAGAAUACUGCAGCCAAAUAAUAACAACUGCAGCCAAAGGAAGGAACCAUUAGUCAACACAGACAUAUAAUUCAAUAGAGGACAAACUUUAUGGACAGAACUUAACACCAGGUUUAAUCCUCACUGUCACAAAUGAUUCCCCCACCAAUGCACACAGCUAGGCUUCAUGUGGAAGUAGCUAAGUCUUUCCAUACUGAGUACUGAAUAAUACAUGUCCUGUUUGGCUCAUAGCCAGAAUACCUUGGAUUAUUCUCUAGUUUGGAGUAUAGCUUAUCUCUUUUUUCAUAGAAAAGAAAACCGAGGUCAACUUUUAUUGCAUCCAUCUAUUUGGUACAGGAGGAUACAGGAAGUCAGUCUGUCCCCUUCACUGUUCUCUCUCCUCCACUCCUUUCUUCUCUUCCCCCCCAUCUUCCUCUCCUCUCUACUCUGUCCUUUUGUUAUCACGAUGGUGAUCGAUACCUCGAUACCUCCUCAGAAAAGUGAACGGUUUGUCGGUUCCUUUCAGCCUUUGUAACGCGUGUACAACUCCUGAAUAAUUGAAGAAAACUAGCCUAUCAUGUUCUGGCUCACUUUUUAGCUCUUCAAAAGGUGCCAUACAUUAUUGAUCCUGACGUGCCCAAACAAUUUACUUUCAUCUGCUUCAUAAUUUAGAGCAGAGAUCAUCUCCUUCAUUCUCAAGUGAAAUACAUUUUUCUUUCUAGGUCAACCCUCAAUCUCAAGUUAGCUGGCUUUAAAAAGUGAAUACAAAAAUGUACCUUUAUUUAACUAGGCAAGUCAGUUAAGAACAAAGUCUUAUUUACAAUGACGGCCUACCUGGGAAGAGUGGGCUAACUGCCUGGUUCAGGGGCAGAGCGACAGAUUUUUACCUUGUCACCAACCUUUUGGUUACUGGCCCAACGCUCUAACCACUAGGCUACCUGCCGCCCCGGCUUCUAUCGAGUAAUACAUUAAAUUGAAGCUUAACUACGAUAAUAAGUGUUGAUGUUCGAAGACAUGAAUGCAGAGAAGAUCUUGGAGUAUGAGUGGGAAACAAUACACAGGUUGUUUAGUAUUCUCUCAUAGAAAUGACUGUAUGCUUUACACUUGCACGUGAUUUAGUUAUCAUCAUCACAUUACAAAGCAGUGCCCCCCGUUGGCCAACAGUGAGACAUGAAUAAAACUUGUACACACACACACACACACACACACACACACACACACACACACACACACACACACACACACAAUCUCUCCUGUCUGCCACCCCUAUAACACUAUGAUUAUUGUUAUGCCCCUGUAAAAGUUAAGAGGCAAUUUAUGAGUUCUCUAUGUGAGGGGCAGCUACUCUGGGGAAUGACAAUGACCCUCUGCACUAAAGAGCCUGAUAAGGUUUCUAUGUUAAAGUAGCCAAUGCUUGGUUAUAAUAUUGUGGCUACUAAAUGUGAAAGUCUUGUGUAAAGAAUAUGUUUGGAAACAUUAUUUCUACUUAUUGAACCCGUUAUUGUUUUACAGGGAAUUUAUUUAAUUAUUUGAAUAAAUUUGGAUAGCUAAUUCCAAAUUAAAAAGUGAACUUAAAACAAGAUGAAACAAAUGGGUUGCAUUUACAUGAAAUAUUAGUUUGUAUUUGUUAUUUAUUAUGUUUAACCAAAGGGUAAAAGUAAGCUGAGUGUUGAAAGAUUGCAACUUCAAAUAUAGGUUUGGUAAUAAUACAAUAAAACAGUUGGCAUUGAAUCAUAUAUUUGGUUUCAACAAAUGUAGUAUUUUUCAAUUGAAAAAAACUAACUCAUUUAGUUGUAACCGGUUAAAGUAUUUUUUGUUGUUCGUUGAUCCAAAGAGUCUUUGUUUACAGUGCAGAGGAAAUGAGGGAUAAUAGGGAUGAAGGCAUGAUUUGCAGUCUGUGGGAGAAGAGAGGGAGGGAGACGGGGAGAGCGGAGGCGAAAGCAGAGAGAAGCUGAGUUUGGGAGCAGAAGAUAUACAUGAAUUAUACAAUGUGGGGGACUUUGUGGAGGAAGGAUUUCAUAUGCUCACAUCCCUUAACACAGAAUAAAUUGGAGGAAAAAACUUUGAGAAGCAAUAAAGUUUUGGGUUGUAUUAAAGUGCAUGGUUCCCCAUUAGUACAACACCGAGGUUGCAUCAAUGGUAUAUGAGGUGAUAUUAAAUUUUUAAAAUGAUGCAUAUAACUGGCCAGGUAAACCACUAAAGUGUGCACGUGCGUGCAUGUGUGUCAUCAUCAUCACGAAACUCAAUUGUGUUUUGGUAACAUGACCCGUCAUCCCCCCACUCCCUCUUAGCCUCCAUUGCCGUGAACCAAAAGGUUAUGAGUUCAAAUCCCAGGUGAGGACAUAUUGAAUAAUUAUUACUGUAUAAAUGAACAUGCACAAUGUAAUCAUGUAUGUUAAUGAGGGUGAAAUACAGUGUGUUCGGAAAGUAUUCAGACCACUUCCCUUUGCCCACAUUUUGUUACGUUACAGCCUUAUUCUAAAAUGUAUUAAAUAAUUUUACACACAAUACCCCAUAAUGACAAUGUAAAAACAGGAUUUUAGAGUUUUUGGCAAAUUUAUUACAAAUAAAAAACAGAAAUAUCUUAUUUACAUAACUAUUCAGAACCUUUGCUAAAUGACUCAAAAUUGAGCUCAGGUUUAUCCUGUUUCCAUUGAUAAUCCUUGAGAUGUUGCUACAACUUGGAGUACACCUGUAAUCAUUUCAUUGGAUUGGACAGGAUUUGGAAAGGCACACACCUGUCUAUAUAAGGUCCCAAAGUUGACGAUGCAUGUCCGAGAAAAAAACAAGCCAUGACGUUGAAAGAAUUGUCCGUAGAGCUCUGAGACAGGAUUGUGUUGAGGCACAGGUCCCCAAGAACACAGUGUCCUCCAUCAUUCUUAAAUGGAAGAUGUUUGGAACCACCAAGGCUCUUCCUAGAGCUGGCCGCCCGGCCAAACUGAGCAAUCGAGGGAGAAGGGCCUUGGUCAGAGAGGUGACCAAGAACCUGAUGGUCACUCUGACAGAGCUCCAGAGUUCCACUGUGGAGAUGCAAGAACCUUCCAGAAGGACAACCGUCUCUGCAGCACUCCACCAAUCAGGCCUUUAUGGUACAGUGGCCAGAUGGAAGCCACUCCUCAGCAAAAGGCACAUGACAGCCCGCUUGGAGUUUGCCAAAAGGCACCUAAAGGACUCUCAGAUCAUGACAAACAAAAUUCUCUGGUCUGAUGAAACUAAGAUUGAACUCUUUGGCCUCAAUGCCAAUGUCACACCUGGAGGUAACGUGCCACCACCCCAACGGUGAAGCAUGGUGGUGACAGCAUCAUGCUGUGAUGUUUUUCAGCUGCAGGGACUGGGAGACUGGUCAGGAUCGUUGGAAAGAUGAUCAAAGUACAGAGAUAUCCUUGAUGAAAACCUGCUCCAGAGCUCUGAGGAACUCAGACUGGGGCGAAGGUUCACCUUCCAACAGGAUAACGACCCUAAACACACAGCCAAGACAAUUUAGGAGUGGCUUCGGAACAAGUCUGAAUGUCCUUGAGGAGCCCAGCCAGAGCUCGGACUUGAACCCGAUCGAACAUCUCUGAAGAGACCUGAAAAUACCUGUGCAGACAUGCUCCCCAUCCAACCUGACAGAGCUUGAGAUGAUCUGCAGAGAGGAAUGGGAGAAACUCCCCAAAUGCAGGUGUGCCAAGCUUGUAGUAUCAUCAUAUCAAAUCAAAAUGUAUUAGUCACAUGCGUCGAAUACUUACUUACAAGCUCCUAACCAACAAUGCAGUUUAAAAAAACGAAUAAGAAAAAUAAAUAAAAGUAACAAGUAAUUAAAUAGCAGCAGUAAAAUAACAAUAGCGAGACUAUAUACAGGGUGGUACCGGUACAGAGUCAAUGUGCGGGGGCACUGGUUAGUUGAGGUAAUACAGCUAAAGUUGGAAGUUUAUAUACACCUUAGCCAAAUACAUUUACAAAAAUUCCCUGUCUUGGGUCAGUUAGAAUCACCACUUUGUUUUAAGAAUGUGAAAUGUCAGAAUAAUGGUAGAGAGAAUGAUUUAUUUCAGCAUUUAUUUCUUUCAUCACAUUCCCAGUGGGUCAGAAGUUUACACACACUCAAUUAGUUUAUGGUAGCAUUGCCUUUAAAUUGUUUAACUUGUGUCAAACGUUUUGGGUAGCCUUCCAUAAGCUUCCCACAAUAAGUUGGGUGAAUUUUGGCCCAUUCCUCCUGACAGAGCUGGUGUAACUGAGUCAGGUUUGUAGGAUCUUUGCUUGCAUACACUUUUUCAGUUCUGCCCACAAAUGUUCUAUAGGGUUGAGGUUCGGGCUUUGUGAUGGCCACUCCAAUACCUUGACUUUGUUGUUCUUAAGCCAUUUUGCCACAACUUUGAAAGAAUGCUUGGGGUCAUUGUCCAUUUGAAAGACCCAUUUGCGGCCAAGCUUUAACUUCCUGACUGAUGUCUUGAGAUGUUGCUUCAAUAUAUCCACAUCAUUUCCGUUCCUCAAGAUGCCAUCUGUUUUGUGAAGUGCACCAGCCACUCCUGCAGCAAAGCACCCCCACAAAAUGAUGCUGCCACCCCUGUCCUUCACAGUUGGGAUGAUGUUCUUCGGCUUUCAAACCUCCCCUUUUUCCUCCAAACAUAACGAUGGUCAUUAUGGCCCAACAGUUCUAUUUUUGUUUCAUCAGACCAGAGGACAUUUCUCCAAAAAGUACGAUCUUUGUCCCCAUGUGCAGUUGCAAACCGUAGUCCGGCUUUUUUAUGGCGGUUUGCAGCAGUGGCUUCUUCCUUGCUGAGCGGCCUUUCAGGCCGUGGCUAGAACCUGAAAAGGGAGUAGGACAGGUGAUAGAGACUCUCGUAGUGGACAAGAUAUUGAGGGAAUUACCCAGUGACUUUAAAAGGGUUGUGGGGCAAGCCAACCCGUUGUCAGCCGACGACAUAGCCCAGGCGGUGGAAACAUAUCGGUCUACAGGGGAGUUGUUAAAAAGUGACAAGGAGGAACGGAAGGAUUCUUCCAAUCCCGUACCACGACUCACCCCGGCGGGUCCGCCACCGAAACGUCCAAACCCCCUCCUGAGGUGGGAGAAGUCAUCUCCCACACAGCAGGGUCGGUGUUAUAAAUGUCAGUCUCCCGACCAUUAUGCCCCACAAUGUCCUAGCAAGGACGAGCCCAUGGUCAGAGUCAUCACUGCCCACCCCCACACAUCUCGGUUUGAGGGGGCAGGAUCAACACUGUUGGUUAGCAGAAAUAGCCCCAGCCCCAGAGAUUCCAGUUCGAGUCGAAGGACAAGAUGUGGUAGCCAUUCUCGAUUCGGGAAGUAUGGUUACGUUAGUAGAGGAGCGGCUGGUGACCUCCGCAACACUGCUACCAGACAAAGUAGCCGUAUCCUGUAUCCAUGGAGACACCCACUAUCACCCCACUGUGAAUCUGCCUAUUCUCACUCCAAAAGGAAGGUGUACAGUCAGGGCAGGGAAAGUGCCCCAGCUGAAGGUACCAUUAUUGAUUGGGAGAGACUGUCCCCUAUAUAAGGAGCUUCGGCAGAUGACGUUAUGCACGGGAAGAAGGGGGACAGGAAAGAAGAGAAAGCCCAAGCCCGAGGUAGUAGUCCUACAAGGAGACGUAGCUGCGCCCUCGUCCUCUGCAGCAGAGGAAGAAAUAGCGACCCAACAUUUACGACAGAUAUUCCAGGAAACCACUGAUGAAGACACCUGUGAAGGGUUAUACACAACACAGGAAGGAAGGAGCAACCAGGCGCUAAGGGAUAUAUUUGUAGCUCCAUCCGAGGAGGGAACCUGGAAGAGAUUCUCAUCGGUCACCCCUGAGGGGGAUGGGGAACAACCUCCACAUCCCUCUACCAAGGUUGAUCUGCCCCAGGAAUUAAAGGGACAGUUCGGCACCUCGCAGCAUAGAGACCCAGACCUAAGGGAGGCCAUGAGGAGAGUGAAGGUGAUCGACGGGAGGAACGUCGAUGGAUCAGGUGAGCCCCCUCUUCCUUACUAUGCAAUCAGGCGGGGUCUCUUAUACUGGGUCGUACGACGAAGGGGGGAAAACCAGUAAUUACUAAUGGUGCCUAGACCAUACAGGGAUACAGUUCUACAGUUAGCCCAUUCCCACGUCCUAGGAGGACACCUGGCACGAGACAAGACUAUUGACAGAAUCAUGCAGAGAUUCUAUUGGCCCCGGGUCACCCGGGAUGUGGCCAGGUAUUGUAGGACGUGUGAUCAAUGUCAACGUACAGCUCCACGGCCACACCUACGUAACCCUUUGAUUCCUCUCCCCAUCAUAGAGACUCCCUUUGAACGCAUAGCUAUGGACCUCGUAGGACCCCUCCCAAAAUCCGCCAGAGGACACGAGUACAUCCUAGUGGUCAUAGAUUAUGCUACCAAGUUCCCGGAGGCCAUACCCCUGCGUAACAUGUCGUCAAAGGGAAUUGCCAAGGAAUUAUUCAUGGUGUUCUCUCGGGUGGGCCUCCCCAAGACGAUCUUAACUGAUCAGGGAACCCCAUUCAUGUCCCGGUUGAUGAAGGACUUGUGUCGGUUGUAUCAGGUUCAACAGAUACGUACAAGCAUAUUCCACCCUCAAACAGACGGGUUGUGUGAACGCUUGAACAAAACGAUUGAAAGCAUGUUGAGAAGAGUGGUGUCCCGAGACGGGAAAAACUGGGACAUGCUUCUCCCACACUUAAUGUUUGCCCUGCGAGAAGUACCCCAAGCAUCCACUGGAUUCUCUCCGUUUGAAUUGCUCUAUGGCAGACCCUGUCGAGGGAUCCUCGACUUAGCCAAGGAGACCUGGGAGACCCAACCAUGCCCCUUUUGAUCCACAAUAGAACAUAUUACCCUGAUGAGAGACCGCCUGUCAGCAGUGUGGCCCAUAGUCAAGGAGCAUAUGGAGAAGGCACAAAGGACCCAAGGCCGGGCCUACGAUAAGUCCGCGACCCCCCGUGAGUUCACCGUGGGAGAGAAAGUGAUGGUGCUCGUGCCCAUGGCCGAACAUCGCUUGCUGGCACAGUGGAGCGGGCCCUACGAGGUAAUGAAAAGGGUCUCAGCGGUCAAUUACCUCAUCAAGCAACCUGAUAGAAGGAAGAAGGUCCAACUCUAUCACAUAAACCUGUUGAAGACGUACCAUGGAAGAGAGGAGGAGGUGGCUUUGAUGGCCCUGGAGGGAAAAGGAAAAGAGGAGGCUCUACCACAGGUGCACCGUGGUCAAACUCUCCUGCCGGAGCAGUCAAGACACCUAGACAAGCUGAUUAUGAACUUCGGUCGAAUAUUCUCUCCAUUCCCAGGACAAACAGAUGUCCUGUUCCACCAUAUCCACACUGAACCUGGCAAGAAGGUGCAUAUCCGCCCUUACAGGAUUCCUGAGGCUCGCCGAGUCAUCGCUAAGAACGAGGUAAGGGAGAUGUUGAGGAUGGGUGUGAUCGAGCCAUCGACGAGUGAGUGGUCCAGUCCCAUAGUCCUGGUCCCCAAUCCGAUGGUAGUAUGAGACUCUGCAACGACUUUAGGGCCGUGAAUGCUAUCUCUACAUUCGAUGCGUAUCCCAUGCCCCGCGUGGAUGAACUCUUGGAGCGCUUAGGAAAGGCCAAGUUCAUCACCGCCCUGGAUUUGACGAAGGGAUAUUGGCAAGUGCCGGUGGCUCCGGAGGAUCGCCCAAAGACUGCCUUCGCCACACCAGAGGGGCUCUUCCAGUAUGUGAGGAUGCCCUUCGGACUGCAUGGUGCCGCUGCAACUUUCCAACGCCUCAUGGAUGCCAUUCUACGGCCCCAUCAAGAGUAUGCAGCGGCGUACAUAGACGAUGUGGUUAUCCACAGCGAGGACUGGGAUAGUCACCUCCUGCGAUUACGGGCGGUGCUCGUGAGUUUGGAAGCCACAGGGUUGACGGCCAAUCCAAAUAAAUGCUGCCUGGGCCUGUCCGAAGCGGAAUACCUGGGGUACACCGUGGGGAAUGGGAAAAUACGCCCACAGGCAGAGAAGACCAGGGCAAUUCGGGACUGGCCGCGACCCCGGACCAAGCGGGACGUUCGGGCCUUCUUAGGGAUAACGGGUAUUAUCGCCGUUUUAUCCCGGGAUAUGCAACCAUUGCCAAUCCCCUCACAAACCUCAUCAAGAAAAACUUGCCAAACCAGGUAGAGUGGAAAGACGAGACGGAAGAGGCCUUUCAAUUGCUAAAAGAUGGCCUGUGUUCUGAUCCUGUCCUACAGGCUCCGGACUUCUCACAAGAGUUUAUUGUGCAGGUCGACGCCUCGGAUACGGGGCUCGGGGCCGUCCUAGCUCAGGGUAAAGGUGAAGCAGAGAAGCCGAUUCUCUUCAUAAGUAGGAAGCUCAGCGAUCGGGAACAGAGGUAUGCUACCGUAGAGAAAGAGGCCUUAGCCAUUAAGUGGGCCCACAGGCAGAGAAAAUACGCCCACAGGCAGAGAAGACCAGGGCAAUUCGGGACUGGCCGCGACCCCGGACCAAGCGGGACGUUCGGGCCUUCUUAGGGAUAACGGGUAUUAUCGCCGUUUUAUCCCGGGAUAUGCAACCAUUGCCAAUCCCCUCACAAACCUCAUCAAGAAAAACUUGCCAAACCAGGUAGAGUGGAAAGACGAGACGGAAGAGGCCUUUCAAUUGCUAAAAGAUGGCCUGUGUUCUGAUCCUGUCCUACAGGCUCCGGACUUCUCACAAGAGUUUAUUGUGCAGGUCGACGCCUCGGAUACGGGGCUCGGGGCCGUCCUAGCUCAGGGUAAAGGUGAAGCAGAGAAGCCGAUUCUCUUCAUAAGUAGGAAGCUCAGCGAUCGGGAACAGAGGUAUGCUACCGUAGAGAAAGAGGCCUUAGCCAUUAAGUGGGCCCUCGAUUAUCUCCGGUACUACCUACUGGGUCGGAGGUUUGCAUUAGUUACUGACCAUGCGCCCCUCACGUGGAUGGCUGGUAAGAGAAACAAUAACAGCAGAAUAGCCAGAUGGUUUUUGUCUUUACAACCGUUCUCUUUCCAUCUCAUCCACAGGGCCGGAUCGAGGAACAGGAAUGCAGACGCGCUGUCCCGACGCAACCAAGACGGUGCGUCUGGCGCCCGACCCUCCGGUUCGGUCCUGAGGGGGAAGGUAUGUGGAAGGACCACUGGAGGGCAGGCUGGGCUCACGGAUGGUAGCCCAACAAGGCAUGGGAGACAAGAGGACCUAAGCCCUUGGACCAUGCCUCAGGACUACCUGGCCUGAUGACUCCUUGCUGUCCCCAGUCAAAUCAAAUCAAAUUUUAUUUGUCACAUACACACGGUUAGCAGAUGUUAAUGUGAGUGUAGCGAAAUGCUAGUGCUUCUAGUUCCGACCAUGCAGUAAUAUCUAACAAGUAAUCUAACAAUUUCACAACAACUACCGUAUACACACAAGGGUAAAGGAAUGAAUAAGAAUAUGUAUAUAAACAUAUAUGGAUGAGCGAUGGCCUAACGGCAUAGGCAAGAUGCAGUAGAUGGUGCAGUAGAUGAGUACAGUAUAUACAUAUAAGAUGAGUAAUGUAGGGUAUGUAAACAUUAUAUAAAGUGGCUAUAUAAAGUGGCAUUGUUUAAAGUGGCUAGUGAUUUGAGUCAGUAUGUUGGCAGCAGCCACUCAAUGUUAGUGUUGGCUGUUUAACAAUCUGAUUGCCUUGAGAUAGAAGCUGUUUUUCAGUCUCUCGGUCCCAGCUUUGAAGCACUUUUCAGUCCACCUGCUUGUGCUGCUGCUCCAGUUUCAACUGUUCUGCCUGCGGCUAUGGAACCCUGACCUGUUCACCGGACGUGCUACCUUGUCCCAGAUCUGCUGUUUUCAACUCUCUAGAGACAGCAGGUGCGGUAAAGAUACGCUGAAUGAUCGGCUAUGAAAAGGCAACUUACAUUGACUUCUGAGGUGCUAACCUGUGAUUAUUAUUAUCUGACCCUGCUGGUCAUCUAUGGACAUUUGAACACCUUGACCAUGUUCUGUUAUCACCUCCACCCGGCACAGCCAGAAGAGGACUGGCCACCCCUCAUAGCCUGGUUCCUCUCUCGGUUUCUUCCUAGGUUCCGACCUUUCUAGGGAGUUUUUCCUAGCCACCGUGCAUCUAUACCUACAUUGCUUGCUGUUUGGGGUUUUAGGCUGGGUUUCUGUACAGCACAUUGUGACCAGAUGAUGUAAGAAGGGCUUAAAAAUACAUUUGAUUGAAAUUUGAUUGAUAGCGAUUCCUUGUGACGGGCCAGGUGCCUGAAGGCUGAAAGUCGGUUGAACAGUGUUUAAUCCGACACAUUGGUGCGGAUGGCUUCUGGGUUAAGCUGGUGGGUGUUAAGGAGCACGGUUAGGCGGGUCAUGUUUUGGAGGAAUCGUGACUCCACCUUCCCUCUUCCGAGCCCGUUGGAUAGUUGCAGCGAUGAGACAAAAUCGAAAUUGGGGAGAAAAAGGGGGAUAAUUUUUGUUAUUUAUAAUAAUAAAUAAACAGCCUCCAAAGUUAGUGAUGAUGUAUCUGUAAUAAGAAUGUCAACAGUUAACCGUGCCUUAAAGAAAUGUGGUCUGUAGGUUCAUUUGUAUAAUUGGAAUUAAAUGAGUCCGUGCUUAUUUUUGUUA